AUGGCACUCAACGGGGUGCGUCGGAAGGACACAACCAAAGGGCCGCCGCUGCGCAUUCUGUCGCUAGACGGCGGAGGCGUGCGGGGGUACUCCAUGCUGAUAAUCCUUCAAGAAUUGAUGCACCGAACUUUUGUCGAGACCGAAGGCCGAGCCCCAAAACGGCACGAAGUACCAAAGCCAUGCGAACACUUCGACCUCAUUGUAGGAACUGGCACCGGAGGCCUGAUUGCCAUAAUGCUGGGUAGACUGAGAAUGGACGUGGAGACGUGCAAAGACGUAUACGUGCGCAUGACGAGAAGAGUUUUCGAGACAGACAAGACGUUUGCCGGCAUACCAUAUCGAUCUACGUUGUUCAAGGCGUCCAAGCUAGAGGAAGCUAUCAUGCAAUGUGUGCGCGAACACACCAUCUACGAUGACGAAGGCAACGACAACCACAACGGGCAGGAUGCACCGCCCAUGACCCCGGGCAGUGCUAUUUCGGGCCGUAUGCAAAGGAGCGCUAGUAAUGCCAGCAACUACAGCCAGAUUGGCAUGACGCCCGUAAAUAUGCGCAUAGCCGCCAUGAAGUGGGGGAACCCUCACGCCCUGCUAUACGACAACCGGGAAGAGCGCACUAAGACCGCCGUCACGGCCGUGUACAAAGGCACAAGGAAAUCUGGCGCUGGCCAGAUCCUGCUCCGCUCCUACGAUUCCCGCAAAGAACCCGCCAUUGAACCCAACGCCACAAUAUGGCAAGCCGGCCGAGCCACAUCUGCGACUGCCCUGGCAUUCAAGCCUAUCCAAGUCGGCCAAUCCGUCUUCCUCGAUGAAGGUUCCGGCAAAUACAACCCAGCCCCCAUGGCCCUCGACGAAGCCGUCUGCAACGAAUGGCCCGGCCGCGAAGUCGGCGUCUUUGUGAGCAUAGGGACGGGAAAGCGACCCGAAGGCACAAACGCCCAACAACAUCUGUGGUGGGAAGGUUUUGUGUCAGGCGGCAUCGGUGACUUUGCAGAGGCCCGCCGCAAGCUCAUUCAAAAGAUCGAAGACUGCGAAAAGACACACAAGGAAAUGAAGGAUAACCUUGCGAAACGACAUGUCAAUCCGGAAAAUUACUAUCGCCUGAAUGUCAAUGUGGGUGUCGGGGAAUUUGGAAUGAAUGAGUGGAACGCCCUCGCAGAAAUCAGCACAAACACGCGCAUGUACCUUGCAGAGAAGAGCGUCCAAUCCAUGACCCUCGAUUCUGCCGCCAAAAUCGCCAGAAUCCAUUUCGCAAAAGUCCGCUGGGAGCGCGCGGCCAAAGGCGAGUCUCCUUUCUCUCCAGGCGCCCAGGCACCUAAUAAACCCCUCCCUACCGUCCCAGACCCUGCACCCAUGGCCGUCGAACUACCAGCCGAGGAACUUGCACCAGAAUACUACACUAAUAUCCAUCCUGCAUUUCGACCCGCGGCGGAACCAAGACGGCCGAGUGACAACGACAAAUUCCUCGUUGUGUCGAGCGAUGAGUAUCCGCAGUCGGCCAGUACAGAUGGCUUCUCGGACCUUCCGCCACGUCACUCUGGUGAACUAGUGUCUCCGGGUCGGCGCUCAGAUGAGCAGUUUCAAGCGGGAAGGCCGGUUUCUUGGAUGAGUAGUGCGACGAGUUGGGACGAUAGGUUGAGCAAUGCGCCGCCGAGGCCGCCAAAGACGCCUUUGCAGGACGGCUAUGGUCCGCCGCCGCCAUUGUCUUCUGGCGGGUUGAGGACCAGUCCGCCGGCUGGAAGCAGUUUUGCGAGACCACCGCCUGGAGCGCCGCUGCCGUAUCCGGAUACAGAUGGGCCGCCGCCUAUUGUUAACAAGGCUACAAAACCGGAUUAUUCGAGGUGA